AGUGAUCAUUUUAGGCAAUUGUCAGAGAAAUGUGAGUCAAUGCAUAGACGACACUUGUGUCUACGUCUCAUACACACAGGAAAGAAACCCACUACUAAUUACCGAGCCUGCCCAAAACAUAACGUUGUGCCAAUAGAGGACUAACUGUCUGUUAUUCUUUUAAUAGAUACAAACAUGGCUGAAGGACAAGGAAAUGCCGGAGCAGGCAACCAACCAAAUUAUUCCCCUCAGUUAGGGCAGAGUCAGGAAAGUUGGGAGUACUGGAGAAGCCAGAAUUAUACACUAGGGCCACAACCUCAACCCAGGCCACCAUUGUUCAGCAAUUAUCAGAUUACUCUGGCCAGCACAGGAUUCACCACACAGUCGGUGCAUGAGGAGCGUCCACCGCCACCUCCAUACUCAUGGUCUACCAUGGAACCUAACAGUGCGCUGCCAUCAACGUCAGGGUCAUGGCCGCCAGCUAUGCCGACCCAAGGAGGGUUUGGGCUGCAGCCACCCCCAGGAUCCAUGCUAAGGCAACUACUCACUCAACCAACGCCACACUCUUCAGGCCAGAUGUGGACUGCGCCAGUUCCACCACGCUCACAACCACCAAACCCACCGGUUAACUGGAAUCAAGUUGCACCUCCACGUCGCAUUGAUGAACCAGGGGAUAUGGCGUCCCAACCACGUCAUCAUGUCAGAGGGAUGCUUGCACAGCAGGGCACACAUCAGAAUCUCUUUAUUACCUCUGAGGGAUUACUUCAGCUCCUUGACGCACAAGAAACUCCACCCCCUGAUUGGUGUGCACUACCACGUCCUCUAUCCAGUAUACAGCGUCUCGUGGUAUGCCGAGACGGAGAGGGGGAAGAUGCACCAAGUCAAGUUGCGGAUCCAUACAAUCCAUUGGUACCACUAGCCGACCUGGCAGCAGGACAAGCUGCAAUGGGGAUCACAGAGCAACAAGGACCUCACGCCUCUACUGACGUACGUCCACGCUCAACCUCCCCACACACCUCAGACAUGAGCUUCACUGAUGGAUAUUCUACGGACUCCAUACAUCAAUAUAGUCCAACCACGCCGGAUCCAAGACCACAGGCUCCAAUGCCACUGCCAUGGGAAUCUCCCACAGUUCAUUCUCCCCAACAGCCAAGCGAUGACGACGCACCACGCGAUGAGCAACACAACUUCCCGGAGGAGAUACGACCCCUUAGACGAAGUGCACGAAUUCUGGCCUAUUCCCUUGCCACAUCUACAACACAACAAACACCUGAUGAUUCUACAUCUACAACACAACAAGCACCUGAUGAUUCUACAUCUACAACACAACAAGCACCAGAUGAUUCUACUCCAGGGAACGUUUCCCCAGCCACCACUGAUGGGGAUCCUGAUUAUUGGGGUAAGAUGCCCCUGCAAGAGUUCAACCAACUCCUGAGUGAGAUGCAGCCUGCUCAAAUCGCCGCCCGCAGGAAAGACAGACGCCGAGCUUUGGGCCGCAUAGCAACAAGACUCCGUCAGCAGACGGGACAACUUCGCAGAGCACCCGCCAAGCAACACGACCUUCAACUCUUGAGAGAGUGUUGUAACACCCUUCAAACCCGCUGUGAACAACUGCAGACACGCUGUGAGCAACUGGAGAAACGCUGUGAGCAACUGGAAACAGCAAUGUACAUCGUCCAAAUGAAAGGAGCUGCUCAGGCCGCGCAGGCAAAACCUAGCCAACCGUAGCCCACUCAUUAGAAGCAAGGCACGUGCAGAAAGUCACGUACGCCAGGGCUGAGAUCAUCGCGAACUGAAGCCAAGAAUGAGAUCAUGACAUGUUAUGAUUUAUGGCGCCUGGUACGGCUAGGUACUGCAUGCAACCAAGCUCUGCGCUGCUGAAAGUUAACUUGUAUGAGACAAAGCACCCUCAUGGUUGGCACUGCUAAAUCAUGUAAUUGUUCAUUGAAUCACGUUAUACAUGUAUGAAAUAUGUUAUUCCUUAUCAAUUCUUUUAAAAAAUAUGAUUGUAAGUGUU